UACGCCUUUAAUACUAAUGAAUUUCAUCCUAUUGCAGCUGCAGUUGGCCAAGGAUUUAUACUGCAAGACAUCUGUAUACAAAAUACAGCAGGACCAGAGAAACACCAAGCAGUGGCACUUCGGGUCGGAGCUGAUAUGUCACUCAUAAAUCGUUGUCGUAUUGAUGCUUAUCAAGAUACCCUUUAUGCACAUUCUCUAAGGCAAUUCUAUAGAGACUGCUACGUAACAGGUACUGUCGACUUCAUAUUUGGUAAUGCAGCAGUUGUAUUCCAGAAAUGCCAACUUGUACCUAGAAAACCUGGUAAAAACCAGAAAAACAUGGUGACUGCACAAGGCCGUACAGAUCCAAAUCAGGCCACGGGAACUUCAAUUCAAUUCUGUGACAUAAUAGCGAGUCCAGACCUUGAACCAGUUAAGAGUGAAUACAAAACAUAUCUUGGUAGGCCAUGGAAGGAGUAUUCAAGAACUGUAGUGAUGGAAUCAUACCUAGGUGAUCUCAUAGAUCCAGCUGGUUGGUCUGAGUGGAGUGGAGAUUUUGCCUUGAAGACAUUAUACUAUGGGGAGUACAUGAACAAUGGACCUGGUGCAGGUACUGGCAAGAGGGUGAAGUGGCCGGGUUACCAUAUCAUAACUAAUCCUGCUGAGGCGAUGCCGUUUACGGUGGCUGAGCUGAUUCAAGGCGGCUCGUGGUUGAGUUCUACUGGCGUGACUUUUGUUCAAGGAUUGGUUGAGUAGGGAGUUAUUAUUUGGCUUUAGAGUGUCGUAUACGUCUUUUUACCUACGUUGAAAACUAGGUAUAUAUAUUAUCCGAACAAGCUUUGUAUCUCUGGAGAACUCAAAAUAAGCACUAUAAUGUCCCAUAAGAUAUGCCGAAAUAGUAUAUGGCUAUAUAUUUGGUAGUGCCAGAUACAUGCUGCAGCAAGCAUAAACCAAACAUCUUAUGGGGACGAUGUUUUAUCUCGGGUAGAUUUGAAGUUAUAUGAGUUCAAUAAAGCCUUUGCACUUAUACCUAAGA